AGUGACUGUGUAAGAAACGGUGAAGACGGCUUGGAAAGAUCCGUGUUUUAUUCCGGUAAUAAUCGACUCAUCACCUUGGCCAGUCUCCAGCCAAUGCGGGACAGAAAGGAGUGGCAGGGAUCCAGAGCAGGGAGGAGAGGCGCAGCACUGUGUCUUUAAGCCCCAGUGAAGUCCAUCAGGGGGAGUCGCAGCCUGCCGGAUCAUUGUGUUUGUGCGCUCAUUACGGUGGAGGGAGCUGUAGUGUGUUAUUGCGGUGGAUGGGAUCUGGUGGGUUUUUUUAAGCACAGGAUGGUUAUUCCUGCACUUGAAACGCAUGGAGUAGCCUAAACGGCUCGAAAACCGCCUGAUCAUGAGAUGCCAGUGGGUUGUUUUUGCCUCACAUUUUAUUUUGCUGCCACUAACAGUGUGGUGCGAGCCAAUCAUCUCCCCCAGCGGGCCUCACAUAGUAGUUCCCAUAAGGGAGAAGCUGGAGCUACGUUGCCAUGACAAUGCCACGAUGUCUGGCGCUCCGUCCAGGUUGAGGUGGCAGAGGGAGAGGGCUCGCAGGCUGGAGGGAGAGGUGGAGGAGGGCGGAGUGGCUUAUGUCAAGGUGUCAGCAGCGCAGGUCUACCACAUGGGUCGUUACAUGUGUGUCAACAACAGCACCCUCAAACACAGCUCCAUCUAUGUAUAUGUGAAAGACCCCCAGAAUGCCUUUCAGCGCACCAUGGUGAACGUGAUCCUGGUGCGUGCAGGUGGGAACUGCACCAUCCCCUGUCUUGUGACCGACCCCGAGGUCACCCUCCUGGCUUUGGAUACCUGUGAUGGACGACCUUUGCCCUCUGGUAUGAGUUACCACAGCAACCUCCAGCGAGGCGUCAUCAUCAGCAAUGUGAGAAAGGAAUAUGAGGGCUGUUACGUAUGUGUGGGACAGCUUGGUGGAGUCAAAGUGGCGUCGAACCAAUACACUGUGGAUGUACGACUUGUGCCAGAGGUGCCUCCAGUGGUCACACUUUCCCAGAAAGACACAGUUAUUCUGAGGAAAGGAGAGCAGUUUGAGAUUACCUGCAGCUCCACCAACAUCAACCCGGACUUCAGUCUCAAGUGGAAUUUCCCUUCAACAGCGCAUCCUGAUGAAUCACACACCUCACACAUCCUGUCCGGUUCUCGUGGUUAUCAACGUACCACCUCACUCUUGAUCACUGCUGUCAACCAAUCAGACUCGGGAACUUACCGCUGCCACGCCCACAACGAGAGAGGCAUCACUGCCACAGCGCUGAAGCUGGAUGUCCGUGAACAGGGGUUCAUCACCAUGUUAGGAAGCCCGGGUCCAGUCCAGGCUGAUGUUAAAGAGGGGGAGAGUCUGAGUCUCAGAGUAGAAUUUGAUGCCUAUCCUUCACCCAGCACCCUGUCCUGGUCUUAUAACGGCAAACAGCUCCUCAACACCACAGAGCAUGUUAUCACUAUCCACCGCCGCAAAUACAGGUAUAUCAGCGAGCUCAGACUAGUGAGGGUUCUCGGCUCAGAGGGUGGCAUCUAUAAGUUCUCAGCCAGUCAUGAGGACGCAUCUGUCGAGCAUUCGUUCCACGUGUACGUCAACAGUAAGCCAGUUAUCAUCGCACAAGAAGGGCCUGUUGAUGGACAGGUGCGGUGCAUUGCUGCUGGUUACCCAGUCCCUAAAAUCAGCUGGUACUUCUGUGAGCUACCCCACACGAGGUGCUCACACCUGCCCAAUGCCACCCAAUGGGAGACUCAGGAAGUUGCCAUGGUGACAGAGUCAAUCUACGGUAGGAGUGAGGUGGAGAGUCGACUGAACGUGAGCAAGGAGCAUGCACACUUUCACACCCUGGAGUGUGUGGCGAGUACGGAGGGGGAAGAGGCCUACACACUGUUCUCCAUCAGUGAACGCCUCGUCCCCCAUAAACUCUUCACUCCUCUUCUAACCGGCAUGGUGGCCACUGGCGUCUUACUCAGCCUCAUUCUAGUGGUGCUGCUCUGUAAAUACAUGCAGAAACCAAAGUUCCAAAUCCAGUGGAAGGUCAUUGAGAGUAUCCAUGGCAACAACUACAUUUAUAUUGACCCCACCCAGCUGCCAUAUGACUCCAAAUGGGAGUUUCCUCGACAGAAACUACGCUUCGGUAAAACCCUGGGCUCUGGGGCUUUUGGAAAGGUAGUGAGGGCCACAGCAUAUGGACUCUGCUCUGCAGAUACUGUUACAACAGUCGCUGUUAAGAUGCUUAAACCCAAUGCUCAUUCUACGGAGAAGGAGGCGCUGAUGUCAGAGCUGAAGGUUCUCAGUUACCUUGGAAACCACGUGAACAUUGUUAACCUGCUGGGGGCCUGCACUGUCGGAGGCCCAAUUUUAGUGAUCACAGAGUACUGUUGCUAUGGCGACCUCCUCAACUUCCUGCGCAGAAAAAGAGAGUGCUUCCUAAACUCCCAAGUUGGUGAUGGUUACUAUCGCAACGUCUCGAACCAAACAGAUCCUACGAGCAGCGAGGUGACUGGUACAGGAUAUAUGCCCAUGCGUCCCUCUGAGAAAGAAAGGUCUUCCCAGUCAGAUGACAUAGAUGAGCUGUCUCUGGACGCUGAAGAUCUUCUUAGCUUUUCCUACCAGGUGGCCAAAGGAAUGGAGUACAUUACUUCCAAGAAUUGUAUCCACAGAGAUCUUGCAGCCAGAAACAUUCUGCUGACUCACGGCAGGGUGGCAAAGAUCUGUGACUUUGGGUUGGCACGAGACAUCACCACUGACGCCAGCUAUGUGCUCCGGGGCAAUGCUCGUCUGCCUGUAAAGUGGAUGUCUCCCGAGAGCAUUUUCGAUUGUGUGUACACCUUUGAGAGUGACGUGUGGUCCUACGGCAUCCUGCUCUGGGAAAUCUUCUCUCUGGGUAACAGCCCAUACCCUGGGAUGCAGGUGGGCUCAGUAUUUUAUAGGAUGAUUCAAGAGGGCCACAGGAUGAGCAGACCUGAGUUUGCUCCCGUUGAGAUGUACGACAUGAUGUUGUCUUGUUGGAACCAUGAUCCUUUGAAAAGGCCUUCCUUCAGAAAACUGGUGGAGAGAAGUGAGCUACUGCUGUCAGAAAAUACCAAAAAUCUCUCUACUGCAAAAAAAAUUAAAGAAGUUGGAUGCCAGAACGUCUCACUUAAUGUGUACCUGAAACUGAGCAACGCUCCAGGUCAUCCAGAACAGCAGAGGGCGCCAUCACGGAGGCUGAGCUCAGUCUGCAGCACGACAGCACCCACCCAGCCUUUACUGCAAAGCACGGCUGAUGUCUUCCUGGACUAUGUCUGACACACACAUAUAUAUGCACAUACACACUGCUAUGAACCCCCCGUUAUCAUCCUCUCCUUUUACCACACAAACUACAAGACCCAAAUACACUCUGUAAGCUACUAAAAACACAUUCACUCACACUAACUCUCACAUGCUGGCCUUCCUUUAUCACACACACACACACACACACACACACACACACAUAGAUACUGUAUAUAUACAUGACCCUGCACUAGGCUUUCAGUAAUGGCCUCUAUCUUAUCUCCUCAUUGGCAUAUUGAUCUCUGUGGUAGGUAUUUCAGGUGCACGUCUAUAUAAAGCAGACUCCAGCAGUAAUCGCCCAUCAGCUACAGCAUCACAUUCAGCCUUAGAUUACAUUUUAAGAUGCUUUGAGGAAAACAGAGACUGCAAGUACAAGUAAAUACCUGACCUUUGACCAAGGAACAGAUAAGCAGUGUUGUUGCUCUGAUGAGUGGACUGCAACAGGUUUUUGUGUCAGAUUAGCCUCCCUUUUUAUAGGAAUAUUUCGACAUUUUGGGAAAUACACUUAUACUGCUUUCUUGCCAAGCGUUUGAUGAGAAGAUUGAUACCACUCUGGUAACUGUGCAUUAAGUAUGGAGGUGAAGCCAACACCCAUUUAGCUUAGCUAAAGACUAGAAACAGGGGAAAUAGCUACCCUCUGUCCAACAGUGACAAAAUCCACCUACCAGCACCUCUAAAGCUCACUUAUUAACACAUUAUAUCUUGUUAGUUUAAUCUGUACAAAAAAUGACAAUUUGUGGUUUUAAUGGGGAGUUAUGAGUGUGACUAUUUCUUGGCCAGGAGCAGUGACUUCCAGGAGUCUCUGCUGGUUGCCUGAACUGAACUUAUUUUGCAUAUUUUUCUUUCUCUUGAGAAUUAAUACAAGUGUUAUUGUGUUGGUGUUUUGAUUAAUAGAACUUGAGUUGGUAUUACAAAUGUUUUUUUCCCCUUCAAAUUUGCUUAAAAAUGAGAGAAAAUAUAGUGCAUGCAUCCAAUGUGCUGAUGCAUUCUUAUUUAACUUAACUUGAUAAGUUUUGUCAGGACAAUACCUGGCUGGCUCCGCAGAAUAAAAACAACCCCACGUAAAACCACAACAUGUUGUUUUUACACUUCGGUUGUUGUACAGAUUAAAUAAACAAUAUUUUAUGUGUUAAUUAUUGAGCUUUAUAGGUCCUGGUAGGCACAUUUUUGUUACCUUUAGACAAAGCCAGGCUAGCUGUUUCCCCGUUUCCAGUCUUUAUGUUAAGCUAAGCUAACUGGCUGCUGGCUUCAGCUUCAUAUUGAAUGGAUGAAUAUGAGAGUGAUAUCAGUCUUCUCAUCUAACUCUGACUCUGCAAGAAAGCAAAUAAGAGUCAUAAGAUUAGUACUAGAGGUUGUCAGCAAGCCUAACUUAAAACUGGUUUUAAUAGAAACCAGGGGUGCAUUAUGAAUGCAAGUUCGCCAUAGCCUGGCUUUCUUUGUGUUAGCUGGCUCGACAAAACUUAAAACUCCAAACAGAUAAUGGGUAUCGUGACGGUGGUUAUCAAAUUUCUCUGUUAACCCAGGUUUUCUUCACCAGGCUCUGUGCACAUUCCCAUAAAAGGAGGUGUUUGGCGCGUCAUUUGAGUCUUCUUCCACACAAAAUGGACCGAUUACGUGCCGCCUACCUCUGUCAAGAGGAACAGGAGAGCUAUGAAGAAUAUAAAAAAUAUUACGGCAAAAGCAACACUGUUGCUGCAUAUAAGGCAAGAGAAGAGAAUGCUGGCAGAAGAUGGUUAAUCAUGUAAAUUCGUAUGUUAAUAUAUUUAUUUUACUGCACAUUAGAGCUCUUAUCCUUUAAACUUGAUACAUUUAAACAUGAUACUCAAGAAGUGCAUUUAGGUCUGACACUGGCCUAUAAUGACGGAUACGUGGAAGUCACUUUAAUUUUUGGCCAAAUCAAAGUGAAAUUAAUUUUAUUGAUCGAAUAUACUCUUUGAUAAAUACCAAUUGACUAAUCAAUUUUCUAAUCUGUGUUCUAUUAGCUACAAUACCAGCAGUGUAAAACGUACUUGGCAGAAAAUCAGGACCAAGCAUAAAAACAUGCAUUUUCUGCAUCACCAACUGAAUGCAUGUACUGUAGGUUCCCGUGGCAAUGCGACACAUACAGUUUGUGCUACUAUAACUGCACGGCUUCGUUCAGUGGCAUUAUUAACAUACGGCUCAACAGGUUUGAGAAUCUAUAUCGCUCAUAGAGAAUAUUGUUGGGAAAAGAAUUAGUGAAAAGGUGGCACCCGAUUUAAAUCCGAAACUAUGAACCUCCUCCGGUGCAGGUUAGGUGUGCAGAAUAAGUUACCAUGGUGAUCUAGCCAGAGUUAAAAGAGAGCACCUUUGUGACAUUGAGAAAUCUGGCUUUAGGCUCAACAUACCUCGCUAACCCAUUAAUCUCGCUUUGUAGUACACCCCUCUGAAGUCUCUUUUACGACAAUAACAAAUAAGCCAUAGCAAGGUGGCAUGCAAGCGAUAACUCCUAAAAAAAAAUAAAGCCAUAAGUUAAAGAAACACAGAUUCCCACCUGUGCGUUGUAGAUUUGAAUACUGUGACUAAUAAAAGACAGACUGGUGUAUUGCUGUAGGUAUUUUAGGGUUAGCUUUAGUUUAGUCUCUUUAGCAAAGCCACUGUGGCCAGGUGUUUAUGACAGAUUGUGUGCUCUUUUUACUUGAUUUAUGUCAAACAUGUAUGCAAUGUAAAUACAAUAGAGAUGUGCCUUUAGAUUUUUUUUAACAUACUGAAUGCAUUUGGUUGUGACAUUGUGCCGAGAGGGCAGACAGAAGAGAGCUUCUGUAUGCUGGUUUUGAGGAUCAUGCAGUUUUGAUACAGUUGGUUGACUUGUAAUAAUAAAGAAAGUACCUGUGAUGGUAGAACCAA